UGUAACUCUUCAAGUGUCCGGAAGCGUUUUCUGAGAUUACGUCUCUGAGCAUGAGCGGAAGUCACCCUUUGAGCAAUCUGCGGUUUAAUUAUAUUCAGGACAGAGCCAUCCGUUUCCAUUCUUUUCUUCUCGUUGCACCCAUAAGCAAGUGAUCAGGUGACAAUUUCUCUUCGUUACUAUAAAAUAAAGAUCGUAUUCAAAGAAGUUUCAAGGCAGCCCAACGCCCCAUCGUCCAGUAGUAAAGAUGGAGGCGCCCUGAAUGUAAACUACAGGUAAUACCACUUCCGUGUUUCUCUUGAGCCCUGGUCCAAGAUGGCGGAUGAGGCCACCCGGCGUGUUGUGUCUGAGAUCCCAGUGCUGAAGACCAAUGCCGGACCUCGAGAUCGGGAGUUGUGGGUGCAGAGACUCAAGGAGGAAUAUCAGUCUCUUAUCCGGUACGUGGAGAACAACAAGAAUGCAGACAAUGAUUGGUUCCGACUGGAGUCCAACAAGGAAGGGACUCGGUGGUUUGGAAAAUGCUGGUACAUCCAUGACCUCCUCAAAUAUGAGUUUGACAUCGAGUUUGAUAUUCCUAUCACAUAUCCCACUACUGCUCCAGAAAUCGCAGUCCCUGAACUGGAUGGAAAAACAGCAAAGAUGUACAGGGGUGGCAAAGUAUGCCUGACUGAUCACUUUAAGCCUUUGUGGGCCAGGAAUGUGCCUAAGUUUGGACUAGCUCAUCUCAUGGCUCUGGGGCUGGGUCCAUGGCUGGCAGUGGAAAUCCCCGAUCUGAUUCAGAAGGGAGUGAUUCAGCAUAAAGAGAAAUGCAGCCAAUGAAGGAUCAAUCCACUGAGGCAGGACAGAGGGACCUUCGAUAGGCUAUGUUCCUGUUUUCCUGUGCAUCAUUCUUUCUACUCAUCUAACCACUUACCCCCACACCCCUACACCCAUAAUUGUUACUAAGUAUCACUAGUUGCAGCAGACACUGCUGAAAACAACAACGGUAUUGCUGCUGAAUUUCUAAGUUGGGCUACACAGGAAGGAGAAAGACUAGGGCCUUGAAAAACCAAAAGGCAAUUUAUAUCCCUUGUCCAGGUGGAGCAGUGUGAGGUCCUGGAGGGAUAGGGCGUGACUGAAAGUGGGUACAUAGUCUUUUUGGUUUCUGGAGAUAACUAACCAAUAAAAGCUUCUUCCUCCUGUG